CAGAUCCACGAAAAAUUCUGGACAAAUUCGAUCGGGACACGUGUACAAAGCUGCAAUUUGCAUAGAAUUACAUCAGGAAUAUUUAUUUAUCAAACGAGAAUUCCUUAAACAGCGAGUCAUUCCAGAAUAUAUCGCGUAACCAUAUUGUGUUGUGUUAUCUAGCACCGGUGUAGAUAAGCCCUAAAUUUGUUUCUUGCACAAUAACAUUAAAAUAAUUGGCUUUAAAUAAAUAUACGAGUUAUACAAUGACGGAAUUUAGAGACUGGUAUUACGGAAUACCCUUCUUCACCCGUUACUGGUUAUCCUUAACUGUUGGACUCAGUAUAUUAGCCAAAUUUAAUCUUCUCGACUUCAGGUAUUUAAUUUUGGAUAUUGGCGCCUUCAUCAACAGAUUCCAUCUAUGGCGUCCAGCAACAGCACUAUUCUACUAUCCCAUCACCCCAUCGACCGGGUUCCACUUCCUCGUGAACUGUUACUUCCUGUACAGUUAUUCCGAGCGACUGGAGACUGGGAUCUUCGCUGGCAAGCCGGCUGACUACUUUACCAUGCUGAUCUUUAAUUGGCUGGUCUGCAUUGGUAUUGGAGUUUUGGUUGGAUUGAGUUACGUAAUGGACCCAAUGGUUAUCUCGGUGCUGUACGUGUGGUGCCAGCUGAAUAAGGACGUGAUUGUGUCCUUCUGGUUCGGGACGCGGUUCCGCGCCAUGUUCCUGCCGUGGGUGCUGCUCGCGUUCAACGUUAUCGUCAAUGGAGGUGGCGUUGAAGAGUUCCUGGGCAUCCUGGUGGGCCACCUGGCCUUCUUCCUGAUCUUCAAGUACCCGCAGGAGUUCGGCGGACCCGCUUUACUUACACCACCUGCCAUUCUCAAGAAGUAUUUCCCUGACUUCCGUCGCCCGAACAACUUCGGUCCUGCGGCAGCAGCACCAACCAGAGCCCCCGUCCCAGAGGGACACCAGUGGGGCCGAGGGCAAACCCUAGGAGGCCUCUGAAUACACAUUCUACCCUUUAAAUACCUAGCUAUCUUAGUAUCUUAACACAUUCACUGCCAACGUUUUCCUAGAGCAACGCUCGUAGCCGAUUCCAGCGUUUUCUCGCUUUGUAGAGGAAAGCGACUAUGAACAGAGAACCCACUGAGCGGGUUUCUGGCACUCAAUGUGUUAAACUGGGUGAAAAAACAUCAGUCCAAAUAAUUUCAGUGUGGCCUCAGCCCAAAUGAGAGUAGGGCCCAAUGAAGGAGUCCAGUUGGGCCGCGGGCAAACUCUAGCAGGCCUCUGAA